UUUUUCCGGGUCGAAAAAUUAGCAGCCAGCGGGGCCUGAGGUCUUCACUUCAUUAAAAAAGACCCCCCAAAGAAAACAACCGGAAUUUAAGCACUUCCAGCGCAUAAAAUCCGCGUGUACUGUUCUGUAACCAUAUGACACAGCGAUGCCGGGUCUCAGCUGUCGAUUCUACCAGCACCGGUUUCCGGAGGUGGAGGAUGUUGUGAUGGUGAACGUGAGGUCCAUCGCCGAGAUGGGCGCCUACGUCAGCCUCCUGGAGUACAACAACAUCGAGGGCAUGAUCCUCCUCAGCGAGUUGUCACGUCGACGUAUCCGCUCCAUCAACAAGCUCAUCCGCAUAGGCCGCAACGAGUGUGUGGUCGUCAUCCGAGUAGACAAAGAGAAAGGAUAUAUUGAUUUAUCAAAAAGAAGAGUUUCACCAGAGGAGGCCAUCAAGUGUGAAGAUAAAUUCACCAAAUCUAAAACUGUGUACAGCAUCCUGCGGCACGUGGCAGAGGUGCUGGACUACAGUAAAGACGAGCAGCUAGAGAGCUUGUACCAGCGCACCGCCUGGGUCUUUGAUGAGAAGUACAAGCGGCCAGGAUACGGAGCUUAUGAUGUCUUCAAACAGGCUGUAUCAGACCCCGCCAUUCUGGAUGGCCUGGACUUAACAGAAGAAGAGAGGAACGUGCUGAUCGAUAACAUCAACAGGCGACUCACUCCACAGGCUGUCAAGAUCAGAGCAGACAUUGAAGUGGCAUGCUACGGGUAUGAGGGGAUUGAUGCAGUGAAGGAAGCUCUGAGGGCCGGACUCGGCUGCUCUACAGAGGCCAUGCCCAUCAAGAUCAACCUGAUCGCUCCUCCACGCUACGUGAUGACAACGACCACUCUGGAGCGUACCGAGGGUCUGUCUGUCCUCAACCAGGCCAUGGCUGCUAUCAAGGAGAAGAUCGAGGAGAAGAGGGGCGUCUUUAACAUCCAGAUGGAGCCCAAGGUGGUGACAGACACGGAUGAGACAGAGCUUGCCCGGCAGCUGGAGAGGCUAGAGAGGGAGAACGCAGAGGUGGACGGAGACGACGACGCCGAGGAGAUGGAGGCCAAAGCGGAGGACUAGCCGGUCCUCGGGGGGAAUGCUGGUGGGGGAACAACAUCACAGGAGAAAAUGUGGACAGAUCUGGCCGCAGUCAGUCCAACAGAUGAUAACUUUCACAUUGCAAACAUUAACUGACGUCAAUAGUUCAUUGGCAAACGUCCCGGUUUGUCUGAGAAGACAGUCCAACAAAAAGCUGUCUUCUUCCAGGAAGCUUAAAUUACAAAUUACACAUCAAUAUAGUUUCUAUUUUUAAGUACCCCAAUUUGAAUACAUAACGCUAAAACAUCAGCAGCUGUUUACAAGCAGUGGCCUUCACUUACCUCUUGCUUAAGAGCCCAGUGUCUUCAGUAUCCAUGGCACUUCAUCUCUGGCUGGAUGUGAGUGAUUUAAAGGGGAAACGUGCGUAGGCUCGUCUGUUUAAACACCAGUCAGUGGUGACUUUAUGUGCUGUUUCUCUUCCAGUUUAAGGGUUUUUAUUGGCAAGAUUUGCGCUUGUUCAGCUCACAUGGCAUCAAUAAAGUUCUGGAAGUUUUGAUCUCAA